AUGGAUUAUUUGCGAGACUCGCCCUUCGAGGAAUCGUCAAGGGCGGAUACAGAAAACAGACAUUAUAGCACGGAAUUCGAUGGCUCCAUGCCUGCCGGAGACUUUGAAUUUGCUAUUGGUCAACCCUAUCCAUCCACAACGUAUGAUGGUGAUGCGCUGCAGUACGGAGUGGACUCAUCAACGGGUAUGCCAGCUAGCGACCCAUACUUCCAGACAUUUGAUACUGUCGGGUCUCCAUCCAACCAGCCAGUGCUGCCCACCAUGCCAGGCGGCCACAUGAACCCACAGGAUUUGGGGCUAGACAACGUCUUUAAUGAGUCCUUACAGUUCAACGUGAACAACGACAUGAACAACUUAGACCUGUUGGUUUCUCCUGACAACGGUGCUGCGAUGGCUCAAGCUAACAUGUUCAAUACUUCGCAAUAUUUUUCGCCCAAUACUCGGCAGGAAAAUUUUGGCCUGUUGAACGAUAUCGCCGAGGACCUGCUCUCGAAGCAGUUUCUGAAUAGCACAUUCAGUCCCGACCUCUCCCGCCAUGGCAGUGUGAGCGUAGCUCCUCCAAAACCGGAGCUGUACCUUCUGCCGAAUUACUUGUCACCACAGCUGAAUGCCUACGACGGCCUGUUUGACACGUUGAAGUCGCCAUACCUGGGUCUGUAUUUGAAUUCGCCACCUCCGCUUAAUUUACAGAGCACCAGCAUACCUAAAGCGACCAACUUCAACCAGACCUCCAUAAGCCACACGCUUGCGCUGCCGCUGCAACUGUAUGAGCUGUAUGGAUUGGGAAUGUCUGCGCCGACGGCAAGCGAAACUCCAAGAAAUGCUUCAGAUGUGAAUACCAACAGGCAGCUAACGCCGGAGGAGAAAGCUAGAAGACGCAGAGAGUUCCACAAUGCUGUUGAGCGGAGGAGGCGUGACUUGAUCAAGGAGAAAAUCAAGGAGCUUGGCGGUCUCGUUCCUCCGCUGUUACUCACUCCUCAAUUGUGCGCGGUCCAAGCGCUCCUGAAGCAAUCCCAUCUGAACCUGGCCGAGAUCAAAGAGUUAUUGGCUUCCGUUAAGGUUAAAGAAACAAAGCCUAACAAGGCGACUAUCUUAUUGACUUCUGUGGACUAUAUUCGCCACUUGCAAUAUGUUCUUAGCCAACAAGAGCGCAAGCGUGAAGAGCUUGAACAGCAGAUUGCUGAUCUUCAAGUGGAUGAUAGCAGUUCUAGCGUUUCAACGAGGCGUUCUGACCAAUACCCGCUGUCAUCCUCGGAGUUCAAUCCCAAUGAUUUUUUGUCAGAUGCCUUUGGAGAGGGUCUGCAGUUCUGA